UUUUUUUUACAUUGAAACUGCGGUCACACUGGUCAGUUGAAAUUAUCAUGCACGCGGUAUUUAUAUUGUAAACAAAACGCAAUUAAAUAUGCUGGCAAAGGUAGCUGAAAAGAGUUAUGCGGCUGAGGCUCGUUAUACGAACUUUUAUGCUGGAAACGACAUAGCGUGGAGCAACGAUGGUCAAUAUCUUUACUGUUUAAACGGCGAUGUUGUCAAUCGCGUAGACGUCGCAACAUCGCAAAUUGUAAACAGUUAUGGAGCAGGCACGGACACGGAGGGAAAUAAGAAACAUGCCAGGAUCGAAGACGUUGAGGUUGAGGAGGACAACAUUUACUGCUUUGCCUUAUCACUCGAGCACUUGGUUACCGCACAUGGAAGUGGAUUGCUUCGAUUGUGGGAAUUAAACACUGGGAAGUUAAUCAAGCUAUGGAAGGCUCAACACAAAGGUCCUGUGGUCCAGAUUGAGUUCAGUUCAUGCGGCAAGCUCAUCUGCAGCAGUGGCGGUGCUGACGCAACUCUUCGUUUAUGGGACUUUGCUACUAAUCGUUGUUUAUGUGCGCUCAAAGAUUUUCCCGGUCCAGCGCUUUUAUUGCGUUUCCAUCCAAACGCCUUGAAGCGCGAAAUUUAUGCGGUUGGGUCGGAUAAUACCAUAUACUGUUGGGACUACGACACCAAGUCACUGCUCUAUAAAAUGCGCGGACAUAUUUCCCAAGUAACUGGAUUGAGUUUCAAAAAUGCUGCUGCGGAUUGCAACCAACUGGUCUCAGUGAGUCGCGACAAGGUACUAAUCGUUUGGCAGUUGGAGAAGCAAUCAUCCAGCUGGCAUCAACUGAAAGUUAUACCACUCUACGAGGAGCUAGAGGGCGUUCAGCAUUUGGCCGAUGGGGCACAAUUACUUGCUGCAUGUCGGAAUGGCAAACUGCUGCAAAUUGAUGCGCAAACGUGGAAGAUACGUGAUCUGCAGAUCAAGACCGACUUUGAGAUUAGUCGACUACUUUAUUGUGCUGUCAAACAACAGUUGUCGCUUGUCACCACCGAGCAAAACAUAUUGAUCUAUGAUGCAAGAGCCGAUGCGAAGAGUGUUGAAGUGGAGCUCGUUAAGCAGCUGGUGGGUAACAAUGAUGAGAUAUUGGACAUGUGCUUCUUGGGUGACAAUGAUCGCUACUUGGCCGUCGCCACCAACAGCAAGCAUUUUAAGCUUUAUGACACCGAACAGCAGAUGAACUGUAAAUUGAUCACAGGGCACACUGAUACGGUCAUGUCACUGGCGGCGUCGAACAAUCUGCUUAUUUCUGUGGGCAAGGACUGCAGCAUUCAUCUGUGGAAGCUAUCACACAAGACUGCAUGUCAUCUGCAGCCAUUGACGCAACAGAGCAACUGUCACACAUCGACUAUUGGGUCGGUGGCCUUUACACACCAUGGGGCCACAGCCUUCGCCUCAGCCUGUCAGGAUGGCAGCAUGAAAGUGUGGCAACUGUCACGGGAUAAGCGAGAGGAGAACUCAUACGCAUUUGCUCUUAAGUACGCCGCCCUGGCACAUGACAAAGAGGUGAAUUGCGUCACGUUUGCGUUGAAUAACAAAAUCUUGGCAACAGCAUCGCAGGAUAAGACGGCCAAGCUGUGGUCGGCGGACACAAACAGUUUGCUGGGAGUGUUGCGUGGCCACACGAGGGGUGUGUGGUGUGUACGCUUCUCGCCAGUUGAUCAAAUUGUCCUCACCUCGUCAUCAGAUUGCAGUCUGCGCAUUUGGUCGAUUGCCAACUUCAGUUGCCUGAAGCGCUUGGAGCAAGAGUGUACGAUACUGCGUUGCGAGUUCCUCGAUCAUGGGAAAUUCAUAUUGUCGGCUGCUUCGGAUGGCCUGCUAAAGCUGUGGAAUAUUAAGACGAACAUCUGUGUGCAGUCGCUCGAUGAGCACACGGAUCGCGUUUGGUCGUUGGCUGUCUCUACGGGUAGCAAUCGUUUCUUUUACACAGGCGGUGCUGACUCAAAGCUAAUACGUUUUGGCGAUGUCACCGAAACGGUACGAAAUGAAGCGCUUGACCAGCGACAGGAAUUGCUGCAGCAGGAGCAGACCCUACACUCGUUGCUGCAUGCACAGCAACAGCUGGAAAAGGCUUUCAUCCUAGCACUAACCUUAGACAAGCCGAAAGCCUCCUACGACAUUAUUUGCAACUUUGUGCGCAAGCGAGAUUCGUCAGCUGUACGUCAGCUUGUGGAUCAACUGAAUAUGGAUCAGCGACUGGCGCUGCUGAAGCAUGUGAAGGCUUGGGGCACUAACUCGCGCCACUCGCAGAUUGCCAAUCUGGUGCUGCAGCAUCUGCUGGGCGAUGCGUUGAUCAACAACACCGCCAAGCUCUACAAUAGCGGCAAUCUUGUCGAGGUGUUGACGCCUUAUGUGCAACGACACUUUAAGCGUGUGUCUGAGUUAAGCAAAGACCUCGCGUUCAUGGAGUUCAUAGUCAACUGCAUGUAACUUUCUGUUUUCUAAUCUGUUUAAGUAUAAACUAAAAUUUAGUAAACUAUUUACUCUGAGCAGAGUAUUGUAAAAUA